GUUUAUUGAAGUUUCAUCGCCUUUAAUGUUGGACCAUCAUUAUCAAUGGCGAGGAUCAUCAGAAGACCGUUAAAUUUGACGGCGGCCGUCCGGUUCCGACUUUCUCCGUUGUCUCCAUUCUCCGGUAACUCUGGUUCUAUUAACUCGGAAACGACUAGUUGGUCUGAGUUAAUUCGAGUACCGAGUUUAGUCGAGGGAUGCGAUUACAAGCACUGGCUGGUUCUCAUGAAGCCUCCCAAUGGAUACCCAACUCGAAAUCACAUUGUCCAAAGCUUUGUCGAAACCCUAGCCAUGGCUCUAGGGAGCGAAGAAGAAGCUAAGAGAUCGAUAUACUCUGUAUCUACAAAGUACUACUAUGCAUUUGGCUGCAGGAUUCAUGAACCUUUGACUUACAAGAUUAGAUCUCUGCCUGAUGUUAAAUGGGUUUUACCAGAUUCGUUUAUAGUGGAUGGUGACAAUAGAUACGGAGGAGAGCCGUUUGUCGAUGGAGAAGUUGUUCCGUAUGAUGAGAAGUAUCAUGCGGACUGGCUACGAGAUCAAACUGAUGAGGAUGCUAAAAGCGGAGUAGUCAAAAAGAAGCAUAGGAGGAAAAGAAAGAAGAAGUUGAUUUAAUUGGAGAUAUUUUGGUAUUUGGAAGUCUUCUUGCUUCAGUGUGGCAUUCAAGCCUUGAAGAUUUUCUGGAAUGUCUUUUAGUGUUACUAAUAUAAGCUGUUAAUAAGAAUCUUAGGUGUAAUGGUAGAGAAUUUUUUUUUUACUCAAUCAAUCAAUCAAUCCGAGAUACUGAGUAGAUUCCACAUCAUUGUCUACCUAUUGAACUUAGAAGCUAACAGGAAUGUGUCUAGAUUAAGUGAUGAUGUAAGCCAGUGCCAGUAGUAGAUGUAGAUCUGUAAUGUUUUACUGAUCUCAUCAAAAUUGGAUAAUCACUUUGGUUCAUCAAAGUUCUCUCAAUUGCUUCAGUUUUCAUUAGUGACGUAAUCUGUUAGGUAUUGAAGUCUCCAUUGAAAAAGACUGAUCCACCAAAUGGCUGCUUCUUAUUGUUCGUUUGUCAAUCAGGCCAUAUAGAAAUUCGAGGAGACGAAAGCAACCACAGAAGAGUUUUCCUACACGUCUUUUUGAGUGGGGUUUGGUAAGAUUGAGAAGUCUUUUUUCUUCAUCACCAAGGUAUGUAAUCUAAUCUUUGGCUUCAUGUGAAACUGUUUUGUCUGAAAUUGAAACAUGCUUGCGUAUGUACCCAGAUACUUAAACAUUGACUAGGAAUAACAUGCUUACCACUGAAAUUCUUAGUUGGUGAACUACAGUCAAUUUAGGAUUUGCUGUGG